GCACAGCUCAGUGCUCUGUUUCAUCUGGGUCACCUCAGAGUGGAAAUACAAUGGUCCCCUUACUGCUCUUCAUGCUGCUCCAAGAAACCCUGGCUGACAAAGUUCAUCUCGACAUUUCUAAUAAUGUCAUUCAUGCUAAGAUGACGGGGGUUGACAUCGUAGAUGACCUCUCUGGUAAUGUCAGAUGUGUGGUGGGAGAUCUUCAGUGUUUCUUUCACUGUGUUGAGUUCAACAUCAUGGCGUGGUUCAGUGGCUCAUCUGUUAACUUCGAGGCUGAUGUGAAUAACCUUAGUGACAAGAUCGUCUACAGCUUUUCUGAAAAUGGAGGAAAAUGCACUCUAUACCCCUGCAAGGCAAACAUUAUUGUACCACUGAUUACUCAACUGGAUGGUGGGAGCUUUUAUCAAAAGGAAAUGAUAUUUAUCCACUCUGUACGGGAUUCAUGUCCACAGCUCUUCAGUAGCAGCUAUGAAGUCAGCGCAGCCUUUAUCACUGUGGAAAGGCAGAUAAUCCAUAACAUCGUGGAAGCAACCCGGCUAGAAGCUGGAGGCUCCAAACACUAUAACCUGAGGGUCCUGUCUCUGAAUGUGGUCAGCGUCAGCGAGGCUAACCACAGUUCUCUGGAAACCAACUCCUUGAUAGCGAUGGAAGCUCCACAGCUGCUGCCUCAGAACAAGUCAACCAUCCCUGACAUUUGGUUGCCUGUGGAGGCCCUGAAGAAAAAGAGCAUCAUUGGUUUGGUCAGCUACAUGCGGCACAGCCAGUUCCAAUUUGGUGAUGGAGUUAUCUCAUCGAUGGUUGUCAGGAUAGAGGUAAUGGGGGAACGUCUCCAUAAUCUCAAGAACCCAAUCAAGAUGAUCUUCAGAAUUCUCCAACACACAAACAUGGGUAAUGACUCAAGGCUUCAGUGUCACUACUUUGAUGAACAUGAUCUAACGGUUCCAGGAAAUUGGUGGAAAACUGAUGGAUGUGAGACGCUCAACAUGACCAACAAUAAUCAGACUGACAUUAUUUGCAACUGUAACCAUGCAACACCAUUUGCUGUCCUACUGAUCAGAGAAGAAAUUUCUGGAAUCCACUGGAAAAUACUGUCAUACAUCAGUUACGUAGGCUGCAGCCUGUCUGCCCUCUUCACUGCUUUGUCCCUUGUGAUGUAUGUCUUCACUCGGAAACACAAAAUGGAUUACUCCAUCUCUAUCCAUGUAUCUCUGAGUGGGGCCCUGUUACUGCUCAAUACAACCUUCCUACUGACCGAGUGGGGGGCGACGGUGAAGCCAGACUGGGUGUGUGUGUUUAUCGCGGCAUUUAUGCAUUACUCCUUGCUCUGCUGUUUCACUUGGAUGGCUAUAGAGGCACUUCACCUCUAUCUGCUGCUGAUAAAGGUGUUUAACACCUACUACAAACACUACCUGAUCAAGUUGUCUCUGGCUGGAUGGGGGAUCCCUGGUGUAAUCGUGGCAGUCUCUCUGGGACUGAAGGACUUCAAACAGUUCUAUGGAGUUACACAAGUGAGCAUGGCCAACACCGACCAAACUAGCGCCAUCUGCUGGAUCACAGAUGAGUCCUUCUUCUACUCCCUGACCUUGGUGUAUUUCACCCUUAUAUUCAUCUUCAACACUGGCAUAUUGAUGACAGUGGCCUCUAGCAUCUGUAAGAUGAAACAGGCAUUCAGGAGCAACUCAAAUCUUGGCGGCAAGGCUGAGGGAAAGACUCGGGGAGAUCCACAGAGGUUCAGGGAGUCCUGCAGGAGUGGCCUCACCAUGUUAGGUCUUACCUGCUUGAUGGGGACCACCUGGGGCCUGGCCUUCCUGGGUUCAGGAUACGUCAACUACCCCAUUCUCUAUCUUUUCUGCAUCCUCAACUCCACACAAGGGUUCUUUAUCUUUCUGUGGAUCUGUCUGUCAGCCAAGAAGCAGAGGAAGAGAGAUAUGGAGGUCAGAAUGAGUUCAUCUCCUGGCAAGACUUCAGCAACCAAAUCUGAUUAGAUCCACUUUCCUGCCAGUGGUCAAGACGAUAAAGUGCACAUCACUGACAGCAAUGCCACUUCCUGUACCCAUAGCAGCUCUAACUCACACAUAUAACCAUCCUGUAACUAGCUAGGUUUCUGUUUCUCUGUACCUUUAAAACUGUCCUAACAUAAACACAAACAUUAGCUUUAGGUCUGUCAGCUUAAAGUCAAUACUGUCAUUAAGAUAAAUCAGUUUGCUACUGCAUGCUGUACAUGUAUUUUUGAAUAAAGUUAUCAUCUAUCAGUGUAGAACAAUGGUCUCAUGGUGCCAAUCAUUGAAGUUGUAUGAGUUGUUAUGAAUCACUGAUGUCACGUCAUCGAAUUAUUUAUUUUCAUUUCCCCAUCUGUUCUGCCAGUUUGAGAAAAUUGUAUGUUGUGCAGGUCUAAGUUUCGCUUCCACUUGUGUCACUUGACUUGUUGAUCAUUGUGACUUGUAUUUUUUGUCUUUCGUCUGCUGGUUAACAGUGACAUUUGUAGACUUCCUCUUUUCUCAAAGUUCGUUUGUCUACGUCUAAGUCUAGUAAGAUAUUCAAAUAACUUCUCUCUUUGAACAGUUAGAGUCUUAUUGUAAGUGUUGGAUUAUUGAUUUCCUGUUUUUCAGUCAUAACUUUACCAAUAUAGAUUUGACAAUAAUGUAUUAAUCCACAAU